GACACCAUACAACCAAGCACCCGCCCAACUUUGCGCGCGCAUGCGUGUGCAUGUGCAGAAAGAAAAAUACAUGUUACGGGUGCCCGCCAGUCCUGUGACCUGUCGACGCCGUUCAUCAGCAUGCCGCCCAUGCUGUCGCAACGUGUGCCAGCCCAAAAGACUUUGUGCCCCCCAUGCGCAAUUUUGGAGAGGGCGGCGAGAACGAAAGAAGAGGGCGCAACUACCAAAUCAAAGCGUCACUCGUCACUGUGUGCAGCGCGGGGAGCCAGAAGUGGAAAAUGGGGCGAGACGAAUUAACCCAUGAAACGUAUCAGAGCCAAGGAAGGGAGCGGAGACCCAAAAGAUGCUGCUGAGUGCGCCACUCAGCCGCGACAGCGAGGACAUUCGCAAAACUACUGGCACACAAGGCGGACUGGCAGAGCCUGUGUGGCCAGCGAGGUCGCCUGCGAAGACAACGCGCCGUGCCCCCCCGAAUGCAUGGACAGUUGCCUCUGCUCCACGACACAGGGAUGGCCCUGCAUGACACCCCCGCCCAAACGGCGGCACCCGCGGUCGUCCCUGGCAGGCGGGGUGGAGGAGGAGGAGGAGGAGGAGGAGGAGGAGGAGGAGGAGGGUGGGGGUGAGGUUUCGGCGGCCUUCGAGGUUAGCGGUUAGCGCUCGAACGGGGGCCCUUCCCUAAAAUCUCAGCACCAGUCGCGGCACCCAGUCGGCAUGCCUACCUUACCCACGUCGUCGUCGAGGAUAGAGGUGCUAUUUUGGGCUAGGCCUCAGUGCCGAUAUUCCUGCCUCCCUGAGUAUGAAUGAAGGCCAGAGCUUCCUGGCAGUAACUGGGUUCGAAGAUCACGUCCAGGCUGAUUCCAGCGCUCCCUUGAGGCCCUCGACAAGGCGGCUGAGGUAAAAAUCACUGGGGAAGAAAGCUCUCGUGAACUUCUGCCAGGCAUGCUGACACCGUUCAAUGUCUUCACAUUUCCCCCACGCGGCUCCGAGCAAUGAGUAAGUCAGAAGCUGACGCGCACAGACUCGCCCUCGUUGCGGGUGGAAUACCCCAGAAUAAACUUAGCCGUGAUAGGGCACAACGUAUACACCGUCACGGGGACACACAAGUCUACCCCGCAGAGCCUGCUGUGCUCCUUCAGCGCCCACGUCCGUCGGUUGUUCAGCGCGUGGACGCGUCCACCAAAGUAGACUGCGCGGAUGUUCAGCUCUGCUGCGCUGACACUACCGUCGCACAGCGCAUCCACAAGAGUGCGGAUGUCCUGGCUGCGGUGGCAGCCCCCGCCGAACUGCGGCGAGAUGCUGCGGUGCGAAAACCUCAGCUGGCUCACGAGCAGGCUCUGCAGGCUCUCGGACACGCAGCGCGCCCCGUGCCCCGCCAUCACCGCCGGCCCGCCGUUCUCCCGGUACACCCUCGUGACCACCGCGAUGGCGGCCUCGACGCCGCUCCGCCAGUCCCGCGCCGUCGCGCCGUCGAUCGCCCCGUGGAGGGCCUGGCCCGCGCCGCCGGCGCGGCCCGGCGCGAGGCCGCGGCACACCAGGGAGGACAGGAUGGAGGCCUCGCCGGCCUCCGCCUGCGCCUCGCGCGGCGGCGCGUCCAGCUCCAGCAGGCCCGCGAGCACCUCCGGCACGUCGACGGCCUGGCCGCCCACCUCCCCGCAGGCCGCCCAGCAGCCCGAGGCGGCGCCCGCGCCCUCGAAGUGCAGCAGGGCAGGGGGCCCGAGCGAGGGCGCGAAGGGCCCCGCUGCAGGCCAGCCCGUCGGGCCCACGCCCGCCGCCCACGGCCAGGGC